CUGUCAAUGUCAGAAGCAAAGUAAAAAAAACAAUUAAAAAUAAACGUAAACUUAAAUCUUAAAAUAAACUUUGUCUUAUGUGAUGUGUUUUUAGCAAUGUUUAUUAUUUAAAGUGAAAUUUACAUUAACAAGGCAAUUCAAAUCUGUUCAGUACAGUAAGUAAUUAGCGUUGCAAUAUGCCGCCUACUGUACAGACAACGAAUGAACCCGAAAGGGAAAAACGACCUCAGCGUACUACUGAAAGAAGGUCAGAUUUGGUGACGCGAGUCAAAUACUGCAACACGCUGCCUGAUAUUCCAUUUGAUUUGAAGUUCAUUACAUACCCAUUUCCUUCGACGCGUUUUAUUCAGUACAAUCCUACCUCUUUGGAGAAAAAUUAUAGGUAUGAAGUACUGACAGAACAUGAUCUAGGCGUACAUAUAGACUUGAUAAACAGAGAUAUAUACCAGGGUGAUGGUAAUGCUUUAUUAGACCCAGCUGAUGAAAAGUUGUUAGAAGAUGAUGUUCUUACUCCCCAAGAUUCGAAAAGAUCUCGUCACCAUGCCAAGAAUGUUUCAUGGUUGCGCCGUUCUGAGUAUAUCUCCACAGAACAGACUAGAUUCCAGCCUCAAACUAUGGAAAAAGUUGAAGCAAAAGUUGGUUACAAUGUCAAAAAGAUAUUCAGUGAGGAGACACUAUAUAUGGACCGUGAGAGUCAGAUCAAAGCUAUUGAGAAGACCUUUGAGGACAAUAUGAAACCUAUAGAAAAGCACUACAGUAAGCCAGGAGUUACCCCGGUUGAGGUCAUGCCGGUGUUCCCUGACUUUGACAUGUGGAAGUAUCCAUGUGCCCAGGUUAUAUUCGAUUCAGAUCCAGCACCGGCAGAUAAAAAUAUUGCCGGACAGAUUGAAGCUAUGUCUCAAGCUAUGAUUAGAGGUGUGAUGGACGAAAGUGGUGAACAGUUUGUUGCCUAUUGUCUGCCUACCGAGGAGACAAUUCAGAAACGUCGCCGCGACAUCACAGAGAACAUCCCGUACAUGGAUGAAGACACCUAUGAGUACAAAAUGGCUAGAGAGUAUAACUGGAAUGUUAAAAGUAAAGCAUCAAAAGGUUAUGAAGAGAGUUACUUCUUGGUGGUUCGCAAUCAUUGUGUAUACUACAACGAGUUGGAGACACGUGUGCGGCUGUCCAAGCGUCGUGCUAGGGCCGGCGCCGCUGCACAGGCGCUUACCAGACUUGUGGUGACACAUCGCCCGCUAAGUGGUGUUGAGCAUCGUAUGCUCAGGUUUAGGGAGAAGCAGCUUGAGCCACCGCAGGAGGAAGAUGAAGAAGAAGAGGAAGAAGAUGAUGAUGAUGAUGAAGAUAAACAAGAAGAAAAUACAGAAAAAGAAAGAUCUCAAUCCCGUUCCAAAUCAAGGUCAAAGUCACCACAAGGAUCAGUGAAGUCGAAGGGGUCGAACAGAUCGAGAUCUGGCUCUAGGGAGAAAUCUCGCUCGAAGUCCAGAAGUCGGUCACGGUCAGCUUCAGGAUCGAGAAAAUCGAGAUCGCGAUCUGGUUCCGCUCAUUCUGGCUCUGCUAGGUCUAGAUCGGGGUCAGCUCGGUCACGAUCUCGGUCAGGAUCGCGGUCACGGUCAGGCUCACGGUCAAAAACCUCCUCCCGUGCAUCUUCUCGUGCCAGUUCCAGGAGUGGCAAAGGUUCUCGCGCAAGUUCAGCCAGCAGACGUGCCUCUAGAGCUAGCAGCAAGGCUAGUAAUAAGGGCUCAAAGGCAAGUUCUAGGGCGAGCUCCCGUGCAUCGUCUCGCGCCAGUCGGGCCACGAAGCGGUCUUCCCGUGCAUCCUCUCGAGCCUCUCGGUCCUCGUCCAAAGGGUCAGGCUCGAAAGCAUCAUCUAGAGCAAGUUCUAGAAGAAAUACUGCCUCUGGCAGUGGAUCUGAAAGGUCUAGAAGUCGAUCAGCAAGCGGUUCUAGACAGGGUUCCCGUAGUGGCUCUGCGUCCAGUGCAAGAUCAAGACGCAGCGGUUCUGACUAGAUUAAGAGAUUUUUAUUAUAUUAUAAUGAAGAAAGUAAAUGAAUUGACCACGUUUACUUUUAUUUUAUCCUCUA